AUGGAGCAACAAGUACACAAGCCUCACAGGAAGGCCAAGGAGAAGAAGCAGCACACCGGUGAUCGCAACCCGAAGGCUUUCGCAUUCAACGCUCCCGGUAAACUUGCGCGGCAAGCUGCUCGAUCCUCCGAUAUUAAAGAAAAGCGCUUCCACGUUCCCCUCGUCGACCGACUUCCCGAUGAAGCCCCUCCGCGAAUCGUUACCAUUGUCGGCCCUCCCGGCGUCGGCAAGACGACGCUGAUGAAAAGUCUGAUCCGGCGAUAUGCGAAGGAAUCGAUCUCUGACCCGCAGGGUCCCGUUACUGUUGUCACUUCGAAGAAACAGCGUUUGACGUUUGUCGAAUGUCCGAACGAACUCGAGGCCAUGGUCGAUAUGGCCAAGGUCGCAGAUGUGGUGCUCCUCAUGAUCGACGGCAACUUUGGUUUCGAGAUGGAGACGAUGGAGUUCCUCAACGUUCUUGCAGCCACAGGCAUGCCCGGCAACGUCUUCGGUAUUCUUACACACUUGGAUCUCUUCCGCAAGCCGCAGGCGCUAAGAGAUGCCAAGAGGAGACUGAAGCGCAGGCUUUGGAGCGAGCUGUACCAAGGCGCACAUCUCUUCUACCUCUCCGGUGUUCUCAACGGCCGCUACCCCGAUCGCGAAAUCCACAAUCUGUCCCGAUACCUAUCUGUCAUGAAGAACCCUCGACCCUUGAUCUGGAGGAACACGCACCCCUUCAGCGUUAUCGACAGCUACAGAGACAUCACCCACCCCACCAAAAUUGAAGAGGACCCUAAGUGCGAUCGCUCCGUCGUCCUGUCUGGAUAUCUGCGAGGAACCAACUUUGCAGCCCAAGGCCAGCGCGUCCACAUUCCCGGCUUGGGCGAUUUUUCAAUUGCCAACAUGGAGGUCUUGCCGGAUCCAUGCCCAACCCCCGCAAUGGAGCAGGCUAUCGCCAAAAUCACUGGUAAAACCACGAGACGAAGGCUUGAUGAGAAGGACAAGAAGGUGCACGCUCCCAUGUCAGACCGAAGUGGCCUCAGGAUAGAUGGCGAUGCCAUCUGGAUUACGAGAGAAAAGGGAUUCACUUUCGACAAGGACGCGGACGUCGAGCGCGGUGAGGGCGAGGAGCUCAUUGUUGGAUUGCAGGCCGAGAGAAAGCUCCUAGGUCAAACUGAGGAGGGUGUGCAGCUCUUCAAGGGUGGCGACCAGGUCAAGGCUGUAGAGGAGGAGGAGGAAGAAGAAGAAGAAGAAGACACCGGCCGCAAGACUCAGCGGAAGGCUCGGUUUGCAGAUCGUGAUGAGGGCUCUGAUGAGGAGGUCCCAGAUGAUGAGGGGUUUGUUAGUGGCGAAGACGAGGGCGAUUCCGAAGUUGAAACCGAAUUCGACGAGGGAAAACUCGGCAAAAUGUUCAAGCAGGAUGCCGACAAGAAAGCCACUGACGACGAUCUGGCCUUUGCGGACAGCGACUCUGAUCUCGGCUCUCUGUCCGGAUCUGAUGAGGGCUCCGAAGACGAAUUCGACGAGGAUGAGGAGGGCGAUUUCGACGAUGAGGACAUGGAGGAUAUGGAUUCCGACGAAGAGGCUGCGGCGCUCAAGUGGAAAGAGAACAUGUCUUCUCGUGCGAAGAAACUCCACGGCAAGAAGCGCUCAUACCACACGCCGGAUCUCGCAAGAUUCAUGUACGACGACUCCAUGACACCCGAACAGGUGCUGAAGAGGUGGCGAGGUGAUGAUGAUGGCGAGGAAGAGGACAUUGAGGCUUCCGACGAUGAGGACUUUUUCAAGAAGACGGCACAGGAGAAAGAAGACAACGCCGAGGACCGCUCGAUACCCCUGUACGACUACGAGGACCUGGCCGCGAAGUGGUCCGUGGAGAAGAAUGUGGAGGCACUGAGGCAACGAUUCACUUCGGCCAAGCUGUCGAGGGAGGACGGUGAAAGUGGCGAAGAAGACGAAGAAUUCGACGGCAUCGACGACGAUGAGGAUGACGAAGGCGAUGGUGUUUUCGAGGAUCUCGAGAAUGCCGAAGAAGGUCAAGGCGUCCAAGCCCCUGCUGAAGAGCCCGAGUCCCUAGAGGAUGAGCGAGCCAAAAACGCACGGCGUAAAGAGGAGCUCAAACUUCGAUUCGAAGAGGAAGAUCGGGAAGGCUUCAUGAACGACAAAGCGAAGGCCAGACGUGAAGGUGGCGAGACUGAAGAGUUUGGCGAAGACGACUGGUAUGAUGCACAGAAGGCUAUGAUCCAGAAGCAACUGGAUAUCAACAAGGCCGAGUUCGAGGAACUUGACGAGCGUCAAAGAAGUGCAGUGGAGGGCUACAAGGCUGGUAGAUACGCCAAGCUCGUCAUCGAGGGCGUUCCAGCCGAGUUUGUUGAAAAGUUCUCGGCAAAGACACCCUUGAUCCUUGGCGGUCUUUCUGCCACAGAAGAUCGAUUCGGCUACGUCCAGGUCAGGAUGAAGAAGCACCGGUGGCACAAGAAGAUCCUGAAGACGAACGAUCCAUUGAUCUUCUCUCUGGGAUGGCGUCGGUUCCAGACGAUGCCUAUCUACAGCACAACGGACUCGCGGACGAGGAAUCGUAUGCUCAAGUACACACCCGAACAUAUGCACUGCUUCGCGACAGUGUACGCUCCCUUGAUCGCGCCCAACACUGGCUUUGUAUGCUUCAACUCCUUCUCCUCUGAAAACCCGGGCUUCAGGAUAGCAGCAACAGGCACAGUGCUCAGCGUUGACGAGUCCACCGAAAUUGUCAAGAAGCUCAAGCUCACUGGUACACCCGACAAGAUCCACAAGAAUACUGCUUUCAUCAAGGGAAUGUUCAACUCAUCUCUCGAGAUCGCCAAGUUUGAAGGUGCUUCGAUCAAGACUGUUUCCGGCAUUCGAGGACAGAUCAAGCGCGCACUCUCGAAACCCGAGGGAAACUUCCGUGCAACCUUUGAAGACAAGAUUCUCUACAGCGACAUCAUUUUCCUUCGCGCCUGGUACCCUAUUAAGCCCCAUCGCUUUUACAACCCAGUUACGAACAUGAUCGGCUGGCAGGGCAUGCGUCUGACAGGAGAGGUUCGCCGCGAUCAGAGCAUCGCCACGCCGCAGCUCAAGAACAGCCAGUACCGCAAGAUUGAGCGCCAGACCCGCCACUUCAACCCCCUCCGGGUGCCACGUGCCCUUGCUGCCGAACUGCCUUUCAAAUCACAGAUCGUGCAGACGAAGAAGCAGAAGAAGGAGACGUCCAGGAGAAGCGGGGCCAUUCUUUCCCCGGGGGGGGGGAAAACGCCCCCCAAACUCUUGACGGAGCUUCUUGCGCCUUUUUCGAAAAAAAAAAGCGCGCCGCAUACCGCAAAAAGAUUGCGGAUGGCGAGGCGAAGUAAAGAGGAAAGGGAGAAGAAGGAGAGCAAGGAGUUCUGGCGGAAAGAGGGAAGAAAGAGGCAGUCUGUUGACGACUCGGGGGCCUCCAGGAAACGUAGAAAGUAG